CGGAUCGGAAUAAAAAUUGGUCUGCUCCUUCAGUUAUGACCUGACCUAUGUCAAGUUCAGUAUUAGUGCGGGUGUCCCAGAAGUUUAUUCUCGAGAUUUCUAUACUUACCAACUCAUCCUUGGUAUUUCAUUAAAGUUGGCCAUUUGGUCAGACAUAUUGAAGACAAGGAGUUUUUUUCUUCAAUUGAAAAGUUUGCAUUGAUUAUUCAUUUGGAAAUAUUGAAGAUGGAAAAUCGCGCCGGUAUUGCAGGUAGCAAGCGUAGGAAGCGAACAUUGAUCGAGGGAUCGGUCAAGAAUCAACUCGAAGAGUAUUUCCAGAAGGAACCAAAACCGUCACUUCAGGCGAUCGUUAUGCUGGCGGACUCGGUUCGAAUGAAGAAAGAAGUGGUGCGCAUUUGGUUCAUGCAACCGACGACAGAAGGAGAAGCGCAUUACACCACUUACUGCAGUAAGAAAAACUCGAUCAGCUUCUCCAGAUUUGGCUCAGCGUAACGAAUCUGUUACUGAUGAAUCUGACGUGGAAACGGUUGGCGGGAAUCUCACUGGUUCUCUUACCGAAAAGGACGAAGCGUCGAACGUUCUGUUAACAGAUGAAGAAAUCGACACCAGUGUUGACACAAACGAAUCUGCUGUCAUACCACCUGCAACUGGAUCUGAUGUCAGUAACUGCCCAAAUGCUAUGCUGGUGUCGACUGAUAACGUCCCUAGCAUCAGUCACAGAAUUUCUGGGAGUUCAUUCAGAAAUGGAAGACCAUGGGGUCCCCUUUCACGUCGCCGACUAGUCGAAAAAAUUGAAAUUCAGCAAGAAGCAUCAUUUGAAUUGCCGAAAGAUGUUCGUUUCGCUUACAGGUUACUUAAACAUUCGAAGAAAAUUUGCCACCAUCAGAACCAUUUGGAUGUGCACUCCGUUCCUCUCAUCAAGUCGGACGAGUCACGUUCAACCUUCGAGCGAUUCUCUUUCGGCAAUCCCGACGAGCGGGCAGAGCGUCGGUCCUUCCUAGUAUUGGGUUCCAACAGAACCCAGGCACAAUUCAUAAACGGCAUUGUCAACUACAUUUUCAACGUUGAGCAGAAUGACAACUUUCGUUUUCAACUGAUCAGCAUGCUGGAAGAAGAAACUCCUGAUGAAACGAGCCGCAUUAAAAUCUAUGACGUUCACCACGCCAAAGGAUUCCGUGUCCCAUUUUCAAUCACUAUUGUGGCCGUGACUUGCUACGACGAUGACGCCGAUGAUUCAAAAUUUUUUCAGUAUCAAAAUAUAGCCAAAUCGUUGCUCGAGUUGUUGGAAGACGACGGAGGAAUCCAGGAGUUGGACACGAUCUGUAAUCUUGUUUCGCAACAUCCUUCUAAUCGGUCGCCGUUGUCCAUUUUUGGACAAGAUGUCGCUGGGAACAUCACCAACUGGGAGCCGUUUAAUUACUUGGAUGGCACCUGCUUGUGGCUUGAGAGUAUCCAGGGUUUCUUUGCCAAACUGACCGAGAAGAAUGUAAUAUCGCUGUCGCUGACCCAACAGGUGUUGAAUGAUACAAAGCAGAUGGAAGCGAUGCUGAACGGACUGCAAUUGCUCAUAAAAAUCGGCUACGACAAGAUGGAGGAGGUUGACAAAGCUAAACAAACGAUUAUCUUUUGCGAUUCGCAGAUCCAGUCGAUUGAAGAAGAUGAAGGCAAUAAUGUCGUUGUCGAAUUAACGCAUCAGAAAAUGGAGCUUCCAGCCGGAGAGUACGUGUACAAUUGUAAUCGUUGCUGCUUUACGUGUCACAACUCGUUCGUCAAGGAAGAAAAUAAGGAACAGGAUUGCGCUUCAAGUGCAGAUCUUUACAAGUCGACGGCCGCGGGUUUCUGUUCGGUUUGCCCGGAUCAAUGCAACAUGAGUAUGCAUUGCAAUCAGCCUUUCCGCUGGGUUUACAUUAAACAAGAGACGAGGAAUACCUUGAACCAAAUAAGAAGUGAAGCCGAGAUGAAAUGGAGAGAUAUCAAGUCAAAAGGACAGGAUCUAAUCAUCGUACUGCAAAAGGAUCUGGUAGAAAAUGGGAUGGUUAUGUUGGAACAUUUUCAAGGGACUUGGCAAUGCAUUCAACAGCUGAACGAGAUCGCUCUGCGUAGAACCUCGUUUUUAACUUUAAGAGUAUUCGAUCUUCUGUACGAUGCUGAGCAAAUAUUGAAAGAACUAGGCUUUAAGGAAGGAAUGGAAAGUAUGAAGAAUUAG